AUGGUCUCCCGCCUCGCCCUCGUCGCCGCCGCCGCCGCUGCCGCCACCUCCGCCUACGGCUACGACUACUCCUCCGUCGACUCGUACGCCACCACGACCUCCAUGUACGCCGAGCCGGCCUACACGACCUCCUCCUCGUACGGCUACGAGCCAGCCUCGUCGUCGUACUACGAGAAGCCCUCGUACACUUCGUCUUCGGAGUACGCCGCGCCGGCUUACACCGACUACGCUGCGCCCAAGGCGAACGACUACGAGCCGUCGAUGGACAACAAGAUGCGCAAGUCGUACAAGAAGCACUACGGCGACAACUACAAGAAGGCGUACGACGCUGAGCCGUCUUACGACGCUUACGAGGACCCCGACAUGGCCGAGGCCGAGUACUACAUGAAGAAGGACUACCAGCCCGCCGCUGAGGCCAAGACCUGCAACAAGGGUGACGUCCAGUGCUGCAACUCCGUCCAGUCGGCCAAGUCGACCGACUUCUCGAAGAUCUUGACCAGCGACAUGUACUCGCUCUUCCCGGACGCGCUCGCAGGCUCCAACGCCCCCGUUGGCCUCACCUGCUCGCCGCUCAUCCAGGACCUCAGCGGCGGUGUCCAGUGCAACCAGCAGACCGUGUGCUGCGACGGUGGCCACUUCUCGGGCCUCAUCUCGAUCAACUGCAUCGCCUUUAACCCCGGCUCGUCGGCUACCAGCAUCAUCUAA